CGUUCAGGUUUACAAUUAUUUUUUGAAUUGAAGGGGCACUUUUAAAAACACACAGCGAGACGGAGUUACGGUCGUCAAAAUUUGAAUUCCGUGGAGUUAUUUUAACAAUAAAAGACAAAAGUAGAAACGGUUUUUGACGGAUAUCAGAAUGCGUUUUCAAAACACGUUUUCUUUUUAAGCCCACUUUUUUUUUCUCACGGACCGCAAAUGCCGCCUUUUGGCGCCGAAUGUGGAUGCGGAGCAACACCGAGGAGCCCCGGCAAUGGAUACCAACGUUAGAUAAGACUCCUUUCUGCGCCACCUGCUCCGUUUUGUUUUUGUUUGAUUGGCUACAGCUUACCGGCAUUACCUGUGACACCAUGUCGACAUAAACUCCAGCGUUUGGCUCCGUGGAGCAGGUGUUUGAACGACCAUGUAACUGAGUAAGGCAGCGUGUGUUUUUCUCUGUGUGUGUGUGUGUGUUUCAUUUAUUCACCACCGACUUCAAGUCAUUGUUAUGCAAGAUACGACUCGGGAUUACAGUCAGGAAACUAUUCAACAUGAGGGCGAAGUUUUGCUUCGGAGAAACCCUAUCGCGGCCCAGCUGUGGCCUCUGACCGCAGAGACCAGAUGGUGACCACAAUGGCCAGUGUUAAAUUGGUCAACAGCCAUCCGCCUCACCAUCACGUCCACUACCAUCCUCCGCAUCAUCAUUUUUCGCUGCUCCGUCCCGCCAGUCCGCCAGAACAAACGAUGACCCUUGACUACAGCAUCCCCCGGAGGUCGAGGAGCCCCGACUACGACGGGGGGAGCGACUCGGCGAGGGAUGUGUCCUCUCCGUUGUCCCCUGCUGGAUCCGAGGGUCGAGAUCCGUCGAGUCUAUCGGAGACCCCAACGAAGAAGAACAAAAGGAAACUGAGCGAGCCCAAGAAGAGAUCGGACAUCAGCGUCAAAAAACUUUGUCCGGAUAAAUUAGUCGAAUGUAAGGAAACUGUCGCCGUGGACGCGGUGAAGAAAAACGGGAAGUUGCCGGUUAAAAACAAUAAAGGGAAGAAGUUGGCGAACGGUCAUUCGAGGAGAGCGACAUCAUCAAAACCACAGACUAGCGGAAGGGUCAGCAGACGAGAUAAAUCACCAAGUUCGCCAUCAGCUGGACACAACGACGACGACGAGAGCAAGAAAGAUCAGGCGACGCCUCUGUCUAGAGGAUUACCCCAGUCCUUCAUACACCCGGUGUUCGCGGGGCUCCCGCCUUCGGCACUCGCUGCGCUACCUCCGUCGGCAAUCGCUGGCUACGUGCCUGGUAUAUAUUUCGGGGGCGCCCCAUUCCACCACCCUGGCCUCCACACGUCUUUCCCAGCCCUACCUCUUCACCUGCAGCACAGCUACAUCACCGCAGCGGCGGCCGCGGCUGCAGCAGCUCAAAACUCCUCAUCCUCUCCCUCCACCUCCUCCUCCUUGGCAGCAGCAUCGACAUCUUCAGCUUCCGCACCUUCCAUCUCAUCAACGUCUGGAACCUCUGGCAUCAAAUCGGAGACAUUUAGCUCAACGUGUCAGCGAUCUCAAACCAUCAUCAACGCGCCCGUCCUGCAGACGUCAAAGCCAUCGACCUCUCUGGUUUCCGCCCUCACAAACUUAUCUAGCUCAUCCUCGUUGUUACAACCGUCGUCGUCCCUCCACCUCGCCGGCAGCUCUAAAGCCACCACCUCCAACCACGAAGACGACGACGACGAAUCGUCAUCGAGGGCUCAGUCCCCAGAAGACCUCAGUCUCGGCGGGAGGAUGUCUCGCAAACACAGGAAGAACUACAAGAACAUGACGCGGGAACGCCGAGUGGAGGCCAACGCGAGGGAAAGGACCCGUGUCCACACCAUCAGCGCGGCGUUCGACGCCCUGAGACACGCCGUCCCGUCGUACUCUCACAACCAGAAACUUUCCAAGCUGGCCAUCCUGAGGAUCGCCUGCAGCUACAUCAUGUCGUUGGCCCGCCUGGCGGAUCUGGACUACACGUCUGUCUCCGAACACAUCGGGACGCCUUUGACGUUUGCCGAGUGCGUGGAUAUGUGUACCAGCACGAUCCAGACCGAGGGAAGAGCGAGGCGAAGACAUUAAUGACUGGCAAUAUAUUUGUUUGUGACAUCUUGGACGCCGCCGUGUGAGUUACUUUGAUGAUACGAC